CCCCCCCCCCAAAGCUCGGGGUGCCCCCCCCGGGGCUUGCAGCACCCCACAGGCACCAGGGCCCCUUCCUGUGUUUGUUAACGCCGUGACUCAGGCGGCCGCGGGGAGCUGCCAAAAUCGAGCCGCUGCUCACCCAGAAAUAGGAUGAGGGUUUGAGGUUUUAAAUUUUUUGGGGGGUGCUGCCACCCUUCCCUAACCCCCCCCCCUCCCUCAACUCUCCCAACCUCGCCAGUAUUUCCCUACCAGGGCCAGGAAGAUGUUCCCACCCCCCCAAAAAAAAUCUGUCAUAUCCAGGGCAUGGCCCAGGCUGUGCCCCCUCCCAGGGGUCCCCCCCAAUCUGGUAAAGGGUGACCCCAAAAGAGGGGUCGGGGAGCACGGCAGGGCCCCCAAAUCUGAGCAUCCCCCCUCCCUAUGGGGCUGGGGGGGUCCGCAGGGCUCUGGGGGGUGUUCGGGGAGGUGGGGGCUGCCCUCUGCUGGUGCUGCCUGCGCUGGCCGCAUCCUGCCCAUGCCAAGGGUGCAGAGCCCCUGGUGGCGCUCCCAGUAUGCCCAGUAUGCCCAGUAAGUGCCCUGGGGGGGGGGGCAGCACCUCCCUGCUGGCACCUUGGGGUGCUGAGCCCCGAGCAGGUGGCAGGGCUGGGGAUAUGCGCCACGUCCCACGGCCCUGCCAUAUGGCACAUGUCCCCUCCCCAUGUCCCCUCCCCAUGUCCUGUGUCCCUUGUCCCCUUCCCUGUGUCCCGUGCCCCCUGCCAUUUGUCCCAUGCCUCCUGCCCCAUAUUCCACGUCCCCUUCCCUAUGUCCCUUACCAUGUGUCCCCUGUCCCCUGCCAUGCGUCCCACGUCCCCAGCCCCAUGCUCCUCGUCCCCAGCCCCAUGUCCCAGCGGGUGCCCAGGCACAGUGCCACCCCCCACGCCGGGCGCAGAGGGACAGGACCCCCCCAUGGGACACGGGUGCUCCCCUGGGAUCACCCCACCCCACGUCCCCAGCUCAGUGGCUUCGUGUCCCCGGGUGGUGUGACAAAGUGACAGCACGGGGGGGGGUCUCCAGUAUUCAGGGGGUAUCGGGGACCCACGUGCGCCCCGUCCCGGUGCUGCCCCUGACCUCACAAGGCUCCGCACCCUGGGGACGAUUCUGCUUCUAGAAGCCCCCCGGUCCCUUGGGGCUCCGGGGGCUGCGGUGCCGGGGAUGGCGGCGUGCUGGGGGACAUGGACGGGGCGCCACGUCCUGAGCGUGGCCACGGGCGCGGGGGCCAUCUACCUCCUCUACAAAACCGUGGCGGACGGGCUGAGCAGCGCGCCCGACAGCACCGAGUGCUACCGGCUGGAAAGCCCGGACCAGCGGGAGGGGCUGCCCGUGGAGGAGGUUCUGAACAGGAAAGUCUGCGAGGAGCUGCUGGAAAUGCUGAGGGUGCAGCAGGACGGCCGGUCCCGCAGCGCCAUCCUGCGCAGCAUCGCCCGCUGCAUCCACCUGAUGGACACGGAGAAGCCCACCUGCAGCCCGGAGCACAUCGAGCUGGUGGCCUCCUGCCUGGACGACCACAACCGGGACACCAAGAUCCAGGCGCUGAACACCCUCAGGGCUUUUGUCACCCGGUCCCUGUUCACUGACAAAAUCCGGGAUUAUUACCCCAAGAUCCUGGAUAUGGUCACCUGCUCCCGGGACGUGGGGGUGCAUCUGGCGGCGCUGCAGCUGCUCAAUGCGCUGCCCGUGCCCCCCAACAUCGAGCCGCUGCUGCGCCGCACGGUGCCAAACCUGCUGGGCUUCCUGCAGCUGGACAACCACAACAUCCAGCUGCAGGUCCUCAGGCUGCUGGUCACGCUGUCCCGCAUGGAAGAGCUCCUGCCCGACAUCCUCAACUGCCAGGUUCGGCCCGAAAUCCUGAGCCUCUUGAACAACUCGCAGCCGGAGAAGCUGCUCUCGGAGCUGCUGCUGCUGCUGGAGGUGCUGCACGAGGGCUGCUCGCAGCCCCGCCGCCCGAGCAAGAGCCCCAAGAGCAACAGCUGCUCCCUCUACGAGGUCCUUUUCGGCGAGAACUCCGACCUGGCCGACCGCCUCAUGGUCAUGUUCGUCCACCCCGACCUGACGGUGCAGGUCCAGGCGUGCAAACUCGUCAUGAAGCUGCAGUUGCACAGGCUGGAUGGGGAGGUGGCCGCUGCCCUGAGCAGGCACAGGGCAGGCAGCGCUGCCCUGAAUCACAUCUUGCCCUCCGUCAAAUCCGCUUCCUAGGGGACGUUCACAGCCGCCGCGCUCGCAGAAGCAAAUAAAACCCAGCACAGCUCCCUCA